AUAAUCUUUAGCAUUAAAAAUAUAUCCCCAAUUGCUGAGAAAGGAUUUGGGCUCUUUUUCCUCACUGAGAGCUACCCAUGCUGUGGGUUCCAGGGACAUCUCUUCCACUGAUGUCUCCUUGCUUCCUUGCCCCCUUGGGGGCUAGGCUUCUCCCUCAGAGAACCCUUGUGUCAGUUCUGCCAGCUCCCACGGUUGUCUUGGCAUCCUGCAUUCUAGUCUCAGGUCAGUCAUAACUCAGUAUGACGUUGGGCAAGUCACCUCCUUCUCUCUGGACCUCUGAAGUUCCUUGUAGCUGUUAGCAUAUCUGGGAUGGUGCAGUCUGGAUGACUGACAAGUCUCAUUCUGUCGCCCAGGCUAGAGUGGAGUGGCUCGAUCUCGGCUCACUGCAAUCUCCGCCUCCGGCGUUCAAGUGAUUCUCCUGCCUCAGCCUCCAGAACAGCUGGGAUUACAGAUCACUCCGCUGCCAAAGAUCCCAACGAGACAACAUGGCUCCCAAGAAGCCUGAGCCUAAGAAGGAGGCGGCCAAACCAGCUCCAGCUCCAGCCCCUGCACCAGCCCCUGCCCCAGCUCCUGAGGCUCCCAAGGAACCUGCCUUUGACCCCAAGAGUGUAAAGAUAGACUUCACUACCGACCAGAUUGAAGAGUUCAAAGAGGCCUUUUCAUUGUUUGACCGGACCCCAACUGGAGAGAUGAAGAUCACCUAUGGCCAGUGCGGGGAUGUACUGCGGGCCCUGGGCCAGAACCCUACCAACGCCGAGGUGCUGCGCGUGCUGGGCAAGCCCAAGCCCGAAGAGAUGAAUGUCAAGAUGCUGGACUUUGAGACAUUCUUGCCCAUCCUGCAGCACAUUUCCCGCAACAAGGAGCAGGGCACCUAUGAGGACUUCGUGGAGGGCCUGCGUGUCUUUGACAAAGAGAGCAAUGGCACGGUCAUGGGUGCUGAGCUUCGGCAUGUCCUUGCCACCUUGGGAGAGAAGAUGACUGAGGCUGAAGUGGAGCAGCUGUUAGCUGGGCAAGAGGAUGCCAAUGGCUGCAUCAAUUACGAAGCCUUUGUCAAGCACAUCAUGUCAGGGUGAAGCAGAGUGUUCCAGGUGCCUGGCCCUUGGCCCUAGCCAUACCAGGGUGACUUAGAGAGAGGCCCCGGAUGGCUGAGCUGGGAUGGAGUCCUCAACUUAUCACCACACCACUGCCCCAAGGACCUCACAGGCCCUUCCUGUUAAUAAACAGCUCUCAUACGGCCAGGCUGGGCUCUGGGAUUCUGA